AUGGCCCCAACGACUUCGUUCCAGCAGCGAAUACAAAAGGAAGAGCACAGAGCAAAGAAGCCCAAGAAGUUGCCUCCAGUGCCCAGAAAACCCAGGAUGUCCAUGAGUACUGAAAGCAUCUUGUCGACAACAACAGACGACCAAGUGGCUUCGCAGUGCAAGCAGCUUACCCCAAGGACCGAAGAGUCAGACGGGAGCAAGUGCUCAACAGACACCAAUGCAUGUGUCCGAGACGAAGAGCCCACAGUCGUGACACCAGAGGCGCCCAUGGAAUUGCCUGAGGUUCACUUCAAAACCCCACCACAGGUUCAUCACAAAAAGGUCCACAAGUCUGGGCUCAAGAGCCUCAUUUGCUGCGUGGUGCCAAGGGCAUCCGCCUAUGACUAA